AUGCAGUUCUACAAAGAGCCAGAAAUCCAGAAUCUUCACGCAUCCACCUUUGUGGAAGGGCGCCAAAGUCUUGAGCGAGUCCUCCCUCCAGGAGUUUCAAAUGACAGCUUCCAAAGGGUCCUCGAUGCUUUCAGAUCCAUUGUUGGAACUGGAAACACGAAGACUGGGGAUGACUUGCUCAACUUUACGGACCCGUUCACGCCAAAUAAUCAAUUUACUCCAUCUGCUGCCGUGUGCCCUGCAAACAUCGCUGAAAUCCAGGCCAUUCUUGAAGUAGCCAAUAAGCAUAGCAUCCCAUUGUGGACAUGCUCGCGAGGGAAGAACCUCGGCUACGGAGGUGCUGCACCUCGCCUGAAAGGUUCAGUCGUGCUCUCGCUAUACAGAAUGUCUCAUAUUCUUGAAGUGAAUGAAAAGCUCGGAUACGCCGUGGUAGAGCCAGGAGUUACCUUCUGGGAUCUGUCACAGUAUUGCAUGGAUACAGCGCCAUCCCUGUGGCCUAGUGUACCUUUCAUCUCCUGGGGGAGCGUUGUUGGAAAUACGCUCGAUCGCGGAUUUGGGUAUAAUAUGGUUGGUUGUCAUUAUGAGCAUAUGUGUGGUGUGGAGGCGGUGCUCGCGAAUGGUGAUCUGGUGCGCACUGGUCAAUGGGCAGCCGAAGGAGCACCGACCGGCCCAGUAAGCCGACAAAGUUUUGGCCCUUCAGUUGAAGGUCUCUUUGUCCAAAGCAACCUUGGAAUUGUUACUAAAUUAGCCAUCUGGUUGCAGCCACGCCCGGAGUCAUAUAUGAAUGUCGUGGUUCAUGUCCAUGAUUUCGAGGAUAUCGAGGAACUUCUGGAAGCCAUGGCAGAACUUCGGAGGGACGAGAUCAUUCAGAAUGACCCUCUUCUGUCCAACGUGAUCGCGAGCGCGUUAAGCCAAGGUGUUGCAAAGAGAAGCGAGUUCCAACAAAGCGAUGGCGCUCUGGGGGAGGAAGCCAUCGAAGAGAUAAAACGAAAAUACGGGCUUGCUUACUGGAGUUGCAAUUUUGAUUUCUACGGGACAAAAGAGAUGGUCCUGGCGAGACUAAAGAAGUCACAAGAAGUGAUUUCUAAAUGGUGCCCUACAGCGCGACUAGACCAUCGACUCUUCGAAGGCGAGGCUGAUCAACCCUUGGAUCCGAAGGUGAUUGAGUCGGUUACGGUAAAGGGGGAAUCAGUAGGUGUUGCAACGGUUUGGAAAGCCGGCAUGAUCAACUAUGCUCUUCCAGACGAUGGCUCCGGACACGGCGCCCACUCUGAUUUCGCUCCUCUUCUGCCGUUCAAUGGCAGGCUUGUUAAAGAUUGGCUUCAAGCAGCAAAGUCCCUCUAUGGGGAGCACGAUUUUGAUUUCUUGCUUGGAGGCCAUGUAUUUCGGAGGCACUUUAUCGCUAUUCAUCAAACGAUGUACAAUAGCGAUGACGAAGGGCAAGCCCGACGCGUCAACCGAUUAAUGGAUGCGUUGGAAAAGAAGUCACGAGAGUAUCUACUUACGAAUUAUCGGGCACAUCUAAGACAGAUGGAUAUCUUGCAAGAUCAUUACAACUUCAAUAACCAUGCUUACAAGAGACUUCUCCAAACUGUCAAGGAUGCGCUCGAUCCGCGGGGAAUUUUGUCGCCUGGAAAGCAAGGAAUCUGGCCUCGAGGAAAGGAAUGGAAGUAA